AUGGGUGGAGGGAAUAAAAUCAAGUCUGUUGCAGUCAUUGGCGCGGGAGCCGCAGGAGCGGUGACGGCGGCGGCGUUGAAUGCGGAAGAAGCAUUUGAUGUUAUACGUGUUUUUGAGAGAAGAGAAAGUGCAGGAGGAACAUGGAUAUACGAUCCCGCGGUUCAGCCAAAUGUCUUGGUGCGGCCUGGAGCGUUGCCGGCUGAGGUUGACCCUCCUCUGGAGAUUCCUCAAACCCUCCCUACAGUUACUCAUCCUAACCAACAGGAGCGAUUCUCCAAGACGCCCAUCUACGAUUCACUGACAACAAAUGUGCCGGAGAUUGCCAUGUCUUUUUCGGAUGUUCGCUUUCCAUACGGCCCUUUUGCUCCACAUCAUAUUCCACGUCAAUACAUAGAGAAUUACUUUGCACUGCAUAAGACGGAUUCCUUCUUGGUGCUCAACACCACGGUUGAGGAUGUUCUCAAGAUAAAUCAUCCGUCGAAUGACGGUUCUACGCAAUGGAAAUUGACUCUCAGAAAGUACGAUGCCCUCCAAAAAGCUGAUAUUUGGUGGGAAGAAACAUUCGAUGCGGUCAUUCUGGCAAACGGCCACUACUCUGUUCCAACUAUACCGCAAGUCAAAGGACUCGAGGAGUACAUCGAAAAGUAUCCUGGUCGUGUAGUGCACUCAAAGACAUACAGAUCACCUAGCAUCUACAGAUCCAAAAGAGUGCUUGUGAUUGGUAACUCUGCAUCGGGGACAGAUGUAAGCCGAGAACUCAUCUCCACAGCUCAGCUUCCCGUGUACCAGUCAAAGAGAUCAAAGGCAUGGUGGGAGGGAGAUUCACCACCUGCAGGCAUUGAUUGGAAGCCUGUUAUCUCGGAGUAUUUACCAGAUGGAAGGAUUCUCUUUGAUGACGGCACAUACCUGGAUGAUAUUGAUACAGUCAUUUACUGUACCGGAUACAAGCCAUCAUAUCCCUUCUGGAACUCCGAGAAGAACGGACAGCCCCUAUAUGACAUCGAGACAGGGAGACUGGUGAAGAGCUACUGGCACACGUUCUUUCAAGACUUUCCAAAUCUGGGCAUUGUGGGCCUGCCCCGUGUGUUGACGUUCCGGAGCUUUGAAUAUCAGGCUAUUGCACUCGCUCGCCUGUUUGCGAACCGCAACCCGGUUCCACUUCCGUCAAUACCAGAGCAACAGGCCUGGGAAACUAAAAGAGCAGAGUUAACGAGCAAAGAGCAUCGCAAGUUCCAUGAUAUUAAAUGGGAUGAUGGUGAAACGCAUGAGUGGCUACAGGGAUUUCUCAAGUUGUCUGGCCUUGGAACGUUGACUGGACAAGGCAGAAUCCCACCUCCGCUCACAAAGGAAAUGGUGUGGGCUAUUGAAAAUCUGAAGAAAUACAGACCCCCAAGCGAUGACGGUAGGAAAGGCUCGAGCGAUCAUCCAACGGAGGCUUAUGAUUGGAUUGUGGUGGAGAACAGAAAGCGCGACGUUCUUGGGUUCAUUUAA